UCGGGGUAAUAAUUUAUAUUAUUAAAGUUUAACUCCAGGUCAUGGACAGACGGGCGCCUCACCGCCAGUAUCGGGAAAACGGCACCCCGCCACGCAAGCUUGCACGUGCGCGGCGUGCGUACGGGCAUGCGACUCGUCGUCAUACGGGACGAAGAGUCAGUCUCGCGGCUGCAGUCGACGUGUAAAGACAGUUUGAGUAUGGCGGAGAAAGAAACGUUCGAGUCUUGGCUUACAAAGCAAGGUUUCACAGACAGUUCAAUAAAUAAAUUGACUAAAGAAGAAUUCACUAACUCAAGCGAACUCCUGGAGUUGGAUAAGUCGGACAUUGAAAGCCUGAAUUUAAAAUUAGCACAACGAAAACUGCUAGAAAAAGUUAUUAAAUCACUCCAAAAAGCGCCUCAACCCUCGGAACCUCAUAACACCCCCUCCGCUCCGGUUACAACUGGAGACCUUGCAAAAGAUAGUGAACUGAACCAGUUGCUGGAAUCCCUGGGCUCCUCUACACUCCAAGACGUUCUAAAUACGGAACAUGCGGACCACGUUGCACGGAAGGCCUUACAAGAACCACUCAGGUUGCCGGUAUACCAACUGUAAAUAUGCGCACGUGUGUGUCAUCUGCUACGGCCACACCCGGAGUACGCUCACCAGUCUCAGUCUCAGAACCACACCCCAGCCCAGCCUCCAGCUCACAAAUCGUGGUCAGGCUCUCAACCACAUAGACGGCAGUAGCAACUACAGCCUAACCCCUUGACUCAUGCGUUAGACCUAUG